GAUGAUCUGGCGCUGUGAACUUGCAGGAGUCAGUGCGUCAAAGAGCCUGCAGAGGCGCGCGGCCGUGCGCGCGGCCGUGCGCGCUCCCGUCAGGGCUCGCCUGCUCUCCAGACCGCACGCUUCCCCACACAGACUUCAUGCGCUCUCUUUGGUAGUAAACAUUUACACAACCAAGAGAGUUUCCAUGACUGCUCACUCAGCGAGGAGCCCCAUGUGCCACUCCUUUUGGACCUUUGCUCUCCUCCUGCUGGUGUUCCUGCAGAUGGUAACCUCGCUCUUGUACUUCAAGGGUAUCUUCAUCCUCUCUGAAGAAGUCCUCAUCAGCCCCCUCUUCUUCUGUCUCGCAAGUCAACCUGGCCAGAUGUCCUGCAGCGGGUGUCAAGGCCGCUCUUACAGUGGAGAUGACUCUGAGAUAGGAAUUCACUUCUCGGCACCACUGCUGAUGUGUUUUUAUGUUCCUGUGGUGUUUGUGGCCUUUGCCCUCCUGGGCAUGGUGCUCUCCAUCUACGCUAAAGACAUACAAGUCCUCAGGCUUAGUAUGAUCUGCCAGGCUGCAUCGAGCCUCCUCACUCUGGCCGCCAUUAUCGGCUUUUUGCUCCUGCAUCGGCCAUAUUUGACUUGGAAAGACAUGACUCCUUGGUUCUACGUGUGCGUCUUUGUGCAGAUAGAGCUGAUUAUCACAACCUUGCUCACCAGAGAGUCAAUUAAAAGACUCAAAUCUGACUGGGAAUUAAUUGGUUCAUACUGUUUGUAACUACUUUUCAUUAAAUAGAAAAAACUGCUGCUCUUUUCUGCAGAUUUGCACCGCUGGUUGAUUUGUGAGUGAGAGAAUUGCACUUCUAAAAAAAGGAAAUACUGUUAGCUUCAGAAAGUCAGAGCAGAAAGCAGAAACAAAACUGCUUGAUUUACUGGAUUUACUGCUCAAUAUAUGGUCAUAUGUUGCAAUAUUAAAGAUUUAAAAUGAAAG